AUGCGGGGGAAAUCACGUGGCUAUCGUCGGUUACCACCUUUUCACAUAUUUCACCGGGUAAUCCAAUACCAUGAACGUCUUACGCGGCGGGGGAGUAUCCUCCGCAGUCUGCGAUCCUCUCGACCCCAGAGUCUACUCCGCAUUCAAGGCCCCAUUGCGCCCGCGCCGAGCCGCAGCUUUCACGCUGGCCCCGCGUUAUGGGGAAUCAAGUCACAGAUUCUGAAAGAUGUUGGAGAAGGUAUCACCGAGGUCCAGAUCAUUCAGUGGUAUGUUGAGGAAGGGGCACAUAUCGAGGAGUGGAAGCCUUUAUGCCAGUACCAAUCUGAUAAGGCCGUUGAUGAUAUCACAUCACGAUACGAGGGCGUGAUAAAGAGACUCCAUUUCGAAGCGGAUGAUACCGUUCCAACUGGACGAGCCCUUUGUGACAUCGAAGUCGAAGACGGCAAAUACCCAGACGAUAACCCACCUCAUGAAUCUCAAGCUGCUCCUGUCCCAGCUACACCAGCCGAGUCCGAGGCCGCGGCAGCAAUUCAGGCUGCCGAAUCCUCCACAACCAACCCUCCUCCCGCACUUUCCUCUACUACCAUUCCCGAAGUCCCAACAUCAAAGCACGCAUCCCUUGCAACACCUGCUGUCCGCGGGCUUCUCAAGACACAUAAUAUCGAUAUCCUUGAGAUUACCGGAACCGGCAAAGACGGACGAGUCAUGAAAGAAGAUGUUCUCAAGUUUGUUGAAAGAGGAGAUGCCCCCGGAGAUUCCCUCAUAAGCUCAACACCAAGAUCCACGGUACCGAUCGGCCAGCAAACAGAGACGGAAACCAAACUCACUCCGAUCCAAUCGGCUAUGUUCAAGACAAUGACCAAAUCCCUCAAUACCCCACAUCUUCUCUUCACCGAUGAGCUCACAGUCAACGAUCUUACAUCUAUCCGCAAGAAACUAGCCAGUAGUACCCGGGAUCCUAAGAAAAUCACACUCUUGCCUUUUAUAGUGAAGGCAGUGUCCCUGGCUCUGAACGAAUACCCUAUACUCAACGCGCGAGUAGACACAACAAUAUCAGAAAAGCCCAAGCUGAUAAUGCGUUCUCAACACAACAUCGGCAUUGCUAUGGAUACGCCAACAGGUCUUGUCGUCCCCAACAUCAAGGACGUAUCAAGCCGGUCCAUCUUUGACAUCGCCACCGAGAUAUCGCGACUCAGUGCAUUGGGAAAGAGCGGAAAGCUGACACUAGCUGACCUUAGCGGUGGAACCAUCACUGUCUCAAAUAUUGGCAAUAUUGGUGGAACAUACGUUGCGCCGGUGAUUGUGCCAACGGAGGUUGCUAUCCUAGGUAUCGGAAGAACGAGAACCCUACCUGUCUUCGAUGAAGCAGGCCUGGUAACCAAGGGCGAGCAGGUAAAUUUCAGCUGGAGUGCUGAUCAUCGGGUCAUUGAUGGGGCUACUAUGGCGCGCAUGGGUAAUCGGGUGAGGGAGUUGAUUGAGUCACCCGAGCUUAUGCUGUUGAAUUUGAGGUAG